AUGGAUGCGAGUACGGAGGUUACUGAUGCUAUUGGUGCAAUGGGCAUUGACAACGGGGCCAAGGGGAAGUUGCCGCCCAGUGAUAGUGUAGAGGGCCACGCAGAAGAACACGACGUGCUGGCUGAUGGAGCGCAUUCGGGCGAGAGCGAGGUGAUCAACCCUCUUGAAGAAGUGGAAAUGGAAGCCACCUCGCAAUCCCAGGACAUAAAGCCCCGAGUUCCUGAGGGGGUUCAAGGCCAUUCACCAAAGGUUGUUACAAAAUCUCAGCGACAGAGCCCUCGAGGCGGGGAUAAGAGUCAAGCUAGGAAAAGCUCUCCCAGUCCUUCUUAUCCUAAGGCGCCCAUUGCACGGGUUUCUGAUCCAGAUCUAGUUGAUAGCUCUUCGAGCAAUGGUGAUGCUGGUGCCAGUAAGAAAAAGGCCGAAAAGAGCAAUUUCCGCCCAGUUGCCAAGGAGAGCCCAUCACUUGAGGACUCAAAAGAGAAGAAGAAAACUCAGAAGGCAUCGAACCAACAUUCUGUCAAAAAGGAUAUUGAAGAAGAAUCAAAUGAAAGUGUGAAACCUCAAAGGGUUGGCAGCACUCCUUCAUAUGGAUUUAGUUUUAAGUGUGAUGAGAGAGCUGAAAAAAGAAGAGAGUUCUACUCAAAGCUCGAGGAGAAGAUUCAUGCACAGGAACUGGAGAAAAGCAACUUGCAGGCAAAAUCAAAGGAAACUGAAGAAGCUGAACUCAAAAUGCUGAGAAAGAGUUUAAAUUUCAAGGCAACGCCAAUGCCCAGCUUUUAUAAGGAACCACCUCCCCCCAAGGUUGAGUUGAAGAAGAUCCCUGCAACAAGAGCUAGAUCACCAAAGCUUGGUCGCUCCAAGAACACAUCCUCAGGAGGCACAGAAGGAAAUUCAAAUCCUCCAGCUCGUUCAGUUCGACUGAAUCUCGAUGAAAGGGUCUCCCAAAAUGGUGUCAAGAAAGCGCCUGGUGCAAAUGCAGUGAAGAAGCCCCAACGGAAAUCUCUCCCUAAACUGCCUUCAGAGCAAACAACCAAAGUUGACAUUGCAGCAUCUGUUUCAUCUGCAGAAGAGCUAGAAAACAAGUCAUCGUCGACGUGUCUUGCCCGAGAGCCGAUCCGCGCUCAAGUUACACCUGAUGAACCUGGACUCGGUGCGUAG